GCCGCCAGCCCGCAGCCCCCCGGCCCGCGCCGGCCCCAGCCAUGGCGAAGCAGUACGACGUGCUGUUCCGGCUGCUGCUGAUCGGGGACUCCGGGGUGGGCAAGACCUGCCUGCUGUGCCGCUUCACCGACAACGAGUUCCACUCCUCGCACAUCUCUACCAUCGGCGUGGAUUUUAAGAUGAAGACCAUAGAGGUAGAUGGCAUCAAAGUGCGGAUACAGAUUUGGGACACGGCGGGGCAGGAGAGAUACCAGACCAUCACGAAGCAGUACUAUCGGCGGGCCCAGGGAAUAUUUUUAGUCUACGACAUUAGCAGCGAGCGCUCUUACCAGCACAUCAUGAAGUGGGUCAGUGAUGUGGAUGAGUAUGCACCAGAAGGUGUCCAGAAGAUCCUUAUAGGGAAUAAGGCUGAUGAGGAGCAGAAGCGGCAGGUGGGAAGGGAGCAGGGGCAGCAGCUGGCCAAGGAGUAUGGCAUGGACUUCUAUGAAACAAGUGCCUGCACCAACCUCAACAUUAAAGAGUCUUUCACGCGGCUGACGGAGCUGGUGCUGCAGGCCCACAGGAAGGAGCUGGAUGGUCUCAGGACGCGUGCCAGCCAUGAGUUGGCGUUGGCCGAGCUGGAGGAGGACGAGGGCAAACCUGAGGGCCCAGCGAACUCUUCGAAAGCCUGCUGGUGCUGAGGGUCGUGUGUGGAGCACCCAGCGACCCCUCCCUCCCCACAGGAGGCCUGUGGCAGACAGGGAGUCCGGGCUUUGCCCUGCUUCUCCUCUCACUCGGGUGACCCUGUGGAAUACCAGUAGCUGCUACUCCCCUGCCUGGCCCCGAGAGCAGCCCCGCUGUCAUCUCGGAGCAGCCUCUGCCCCCUGCCCUCCAGCCUGGAGGGGCUCCCUUCUGCCGGGCUCCCCACCGCAGGCCUGCCACGAGCCCCGGUCUGCUCCGGGUGCUGUCUUGCCGCCCCAGGCUCCCCAGACAGUGGCCCCUUCUGCAGUGAGGCCACUCUAAGGCUCCUUCUUUCUCAGUGCAUCUUGUCUCCUCUCUGCUUUUCCUCUCUUCCUCCUACUUCUCUUUCUUGUGCCCUUCCCCCCUCCAGUGUGUUCUGUAUCAAAGCCCCUCGCACCUCUUUCCCUCUCUGUCCUGCUCUGUGGCUGCCAGUGCAGCUUUUUUCUUUCCUUUCUUCCUAACCCUGUCCGAGGGAAUGGACUCAGGCUCAUGGGGAUGUUCCAUACUCUUCUUCUGGGAGAACACCCCACCCUGCUUUGUGAAGGGGCCAAAGCCUAUGGGGUGCUUCUUCCCCUCUUCCCCUCCCCGCUGUCCCUUCCUGUGGCAUGGCCUGCCCCAUCCAUGAUCUGGGAAAGUGGAACAUCAAAGUAGGACCAAACUGGUGGUCCUCAAAACUGGGGCUGUCCCACCUUUUCCUGCCUGGCCCACCGCCCCCCCGCCCCAGCUUUGGCCUUGCUUGGCUGCCUGCCCACCUGCCUUUUGGGGAAAGUGAGCUCAGAAGCAGGUGCUUCAGAGAAGAAAAAAAAAUGUUGAGGGGAGGCAGGGACAAAAGGUCACCUCCAUUCUCUACCUCCCAUGCAGUGUGUACACCAUUUCUCACCACCUGGGCUCCUGAAUUUAAAGAUAUGUACCAAGGCCUCAGGGCACUGCAGGGGCGAGGAAAGCCUGCAAGGGGGGAGGGGGGUGGGAAUGAUGUUGACAAGCCAACCACACACCCCAGGAAGGGAAGUGUUUAGAAAUGAAGGACUAGCCCCUGUAUAUCAGGUGAAAGGCAGGGAGAGGAGGCCAGAGACAGCAUUUCGCAAACCAGAGGGGAAUACGGGAGCAACUUCCCUUUCUGUGUAGGAAAGGCAUUUCCCCACAACCCCCUGGCAAGGUGAUGUAACCACUAAACCCAGCCUUCAGCGCUCAAGGUUUUCCUGAGAAAGUCUGUGGGAGAAGGGCAGGGUCUUCCUGGAGAGGGAGAAAGAAGGCCCUGGGUAGAAAUGCUUGGUGCUGUUCUCUUCAGCCUUCCAGAAAAAGUGCUUAUCUUGCCCCUCUAUCUUCUUGAAGAGGAGCCAACCGCACUGUGGCUGCAGGAGGAGGGAGGGAAGCCGACUCCUUCCUCCAGAGCUCUUUGUUCAGGAAGAAGUUUCUUUAGCCCAACAUGGCCCAAAGGUGGCUUGAGGGAGGCGCUUUAAAGAAGGGACAAGUCAGUGAUGGGGCCUAGUGGGGUUCCUCCCCACCUGCCCGGCGUUGGAGGCUCAUUCUUAAGUUAUGUGUUAGCUGCAUCUUAUGGCUCGGGCUGGAGCUAAAACAAAGACUCGAGCCCUGAACGUUCACCAAUGGAGCUUCAAAGUCCAGGGCACACACAUGUGCAGGAUUAAGAGCCCCACUUCCUUAUUACUCCAAAAAAAAAAAAAAAAAAAA